UAGAUUAAUUGGAAUAGAUGGCAGCUAGAUCACCUUGAUUUGUGCGCAGUCUUAUACGAGGUGUGCUUGUGUGGAGUGUCAGUUGCGCUAACUACGACAACAUCAUGCAUCUGUUGCUUGUAUUAAUUUUCGUGCUCAUUUGUGCCUAUUGGUAUCUUACAAGGACCCAUAAUUACUGGGUUAAGCAGAACGUACCCACAAUGCCGGGCUGCGUGCCGGGUUUUGGCCACGUGCUACCUAGCUUGCUCAUGCGCGAGACUCUGAAGGACCUCGCGGAUAGAGCAUACCGGGGCUUCGCCGACUCCAGCGUCGUUGGCUUUUACUUCAUGCGCAAACCCAUGAUAGUGUUACGCGAUCCAAACCUUGUCAAGCAUGUCCUACAGUCAGACUUUGCGAGCUUCCGCAACGGCUGCAAAAUCAACGAGAAGGCCGAUCCGCUUAUGGCGAAGAACCCGUUCUUCAUUUACGACUUGGAAGCAUGGAGGAAGAGCCGGGCGCGGGUCGUCAGCCAUCUUUCAGGUAAAAAGUUGAGUCACUUGUUCGUGAUUGCUCAGAACGUUUGCGCGAAAAUGAUGGAUUUUAUCGAGCGACGACUGGGCGAGUCGAGGGACGCCGAGUACGAGGUGGAGCUAAAGAAAUUGUUCGUACGAUAUACCGGCGAGAUGGUGGCCAAUUCGGCCUUUGGGGUCGAGGGUCAGAGUUUCGCUGACGAGCGCCACCCCCAGUCGUUUCACGUUGUCGCUGAGUCUCUCUUCGUGCCCAACUUUGUCAACGUUGUCAAGCAAACCAUCAUUACCUUCAUUCCUGAGGCAGCGGCCAUUCUCAACGCCAGUAUGAUCCCAAGGAGCGCCGAGGACUUUUUUAGGAAUAUGCUGUUAGGCAUACUGAAGCACCGCAAAAGACAGUCACAGACCAGCAAGCCCAACGAUUUUUUGCAAUUCGUUCUUGACACGAACACCCAGGAUGAUGUCGAAAGCAUCAUAGCCGAUGUUAUCAUCUAUCACGCGGACGUUUACGAGACGUCGAGCUCGACUCUGGCCUUCUUUAUGUAUCAACUGUCGCGUCAUCCCGAAGAGCAGGAAAAGAUUCGACAGCACGUUCGAGACGCGACACGGACCACUGGAGGAGGACAACUGACCUACGAAGCGCUGAAAGCCAUGAACUAUUUGGAGCAAGCGGUAUACGAAUUGCUGCGAAUGAUACCACCGGUGCCGGCGCUGUUAAAACGUUGUGUCCAAAACACGACUCUCGUGAGUCAGGACGGGCUCGAAUGCCGGCUGCGUCCGGGUGACGGCGUUCUGAUACCCGUGCUGGGUUUGCAAAACGAUCCCAAGCACUGGGACGAGCCCGAAGCUUUCAGACCCGAAAGAUUCGGGCCCGAGCAGCUAGCCGAGCGUCACAAGUAUCUGUUUUUGGCGUUCGGCGAGGGUCCGCGUAUGUGUGUGGGUAUGAGGCUAGGACUGAUGCUGGUAAAGCUCGCUGCGGCCUCGCUGCUGCUCAACUACUCGAUCGAAUCGUCGGCAAAGUCAAAAAACCCAUUGGAGAUGGAUCGCACGGCAUUUUUUGCUUACGCAAAGGACGGCGUUUGGGCGCGAUUCCGCAAGUUGCCGUUAUGAACUUCAAAACCAAAUGUGUCGCAUAAAUGUCAUGAAAUCAUCAGCGACGUACCUGCAGCUUCUUAAAACGUUCAUAUAAAAUUCAAACCUCGAAUAGAAUUGAAACAAGAGUCAUCAGUAAAUUUUUGAACAAAAAAGAUGAUUUUUGAUGAUGGUUUGAUAAAGAGCUCGAUGAAUAUCAAAUUUUUGAAACUAAAGUCAAUAAACUUAGAUGAAGAAUUCCAUCAAUAAAUCACUUGUUCAUAACAGCA